AUGUCGCCACGAGAGACCUCCACUCGGCGACGCCCCUCGCUAUCACUUCGCCUACGCCCCCGGACCGCGGCGCAUCCAAUUACCCACCCGAAGGAGUAUGCUAUCGAUCAGUGGCGAGAGACCCCCUGCACAGAACUAUGCCAUGACCUCGAGGGAUCGGCACUGGAAGAGAUGGAGCCCUUUCCAGAGGCAGUGCCUCGCAGGCGUUCAGCCAAAAGCUUUUCAAGCCUGCGACACCCGAUGGAUGGGCUAGUGGCCCUGGGCCGCCGUUUAUCUGUCACUCUAUGCCACAAGUCCUCCAAGAACAAUCUUCAGGUACCCGGAGAGGCCGAAGAUGACUCUCGCCACUACCAAGUUGCGGGCCACUCCAGCCACAAGCGCAAUGUUGCCUCACAAAAUUGGGACAAGCGGUCGCGCGCUUGGUCCAACAGCCAUAGCAUCAAUCGACGUCCCUCUCUCAACAGCGUGACUGCUCUGCAUGGCUUUUAUGCGCCCACCGCAUCGGUUCCAGCCCCCAUCCCUGGACAUGGUUUGGAGCCCCCAAUUCUUCCCAAUGACAAGUUUGCUGGGUCGGCGGCACGUGCCGCUGCCGCUGCUCAGAAUGAACGCAUGGAAAUGGUCAAAUUGGAAAUGGCCAAAUUGGAAAUGGCCAAAUUGGAGCGUGACCUUCUUCCCAAGGCAUCUGACGUCAGACUUGACUCAGAGAGUGGCAUCGGUAUUGAUCUUCGCGAUCGCUCUGAUGCCUCGGAUUUUGAGCUAGACCUCCCUCGCAUUGAUCCGGUUUCAUACUUGCCCUCAGAGAUCAUGGCCCAAGUGCUUUCCUACCUGGACCCCGCCUCUCUCAUGCAGGCGGAGCUGGUUUCUCACACCUGGAACGGACAGGCAAACUCCCCCCAUGUUUGGAAACAUGUUUUCCGCAGCGUAUAUACCCGUCGACCGAUCAGCUCUACAGCAACCAAGAAAAGGCAGCAGCUUGGACUGGGGAAGGCCGUUCCCCACCAGGACUGGAAGCGAAUGUUUCUAGUUCGCCGGGCCCUCGAUCAACGCUGGAAACAGGGCAAAGCUGCGGCAAUCUAUCUCCACGGACACAAAGACAGCGUGUACUGUGCGCAAUUCGACGAAAACAAAAUUAUCACUGGAUCUCGUGAUCGUACCAUUCGCGUGUGGGAUGCUCACUAUCCCUGGUCUUGCCUCAAGAUCAUUGGCCCGCCUCCUGGCGAUGUGUCUGGCUCUGGACCCGUAAACAACCCAGCGCAGCAGGCCACCGGAAAGUCUCCUUUUGUGACCAUCUGCCCUCCAUCAACACCCUCCGCUGGCAUUGUUACCCCGAUGGAGCACCCAGCCGACUAUCACAGUGCCUCGAUCCUUUGCCUUCGUUUCGAUGAGGAGAUCAUGGUGACUGGAUCCUCGGAUUAUACCUGUAUUGUCUGGGACAUCAAGGAUAACUACCGUCCCAUUCGUCAACUUGUGGGCCACCGCGCUGGUGUCUUGGAUGUUUGCUUCGAUGACCGGUACAUCGUGUCGUGCUCCAAGGAUAGUACUAUCUGCGUCUGGGACCGUAAGACAGGCGGUCUGCUGAAGCAGCUCAUUGGACACCACGGCCCUGUGAACGCUGUACAGCUUCGCGGCGAUCUUGUGGUUUCGGCAAGCGGCGACGGCAUUGCCAAGCUGUGGAAUGUUACCACUGGCGCCUGUGUUAAGGAGUUCCCAAGCAAGGACCGCGGUCUCGCCUGUGUUGAGUUCAGCGAAGACGGCCGUACCAUUUUGACUGGUGGAAAUGAUAAGACUAUCUAUCAGUUCGAUGCCAAUACCGGCGAGCUGGUCAAGGAACUCCGAGGUCACACUGGCCUUAUUCGCUCCCUUCACCUGGACAGCAUGAACAAGCGUAUUGUUAGCGGUAGCUACGAUAUGAGUGUCAAGGUGUUUGAUACCGAGUCAGGCCAAUUGUCCGUCGAUCUGCCUGGAUGGACUACUAGCUGGAUGCUCAACGUCCAGUCAGACUACCGACGAAUUGUCGCAACUAGCCAGGACUCCCGGGCCGUUAUCAUGGAUUUCGGUUACGGAUUGGAUGGUAUCGACUUGUUGGAGGAAUGA